CCGGAACACUGCGUUCUCUAGCCUGAUACAGCAGCCCUGCAACAGUUUAUAUUUUCGAACGGGGUAUUAUUGAGAAGGAUUGGUUAACAUAUAUCGAUGGCAAUUCAUCAGGGAAUAUGGCUACACAGGUUUAAAGAGACUGAUCAUUUCGUUAAUUAAUUUUUAUCAUUUUAGGAGCAAAUUAAGAAUGCGCGUCAUUGUUAGAAAUUCCGGGACUAGUAGCUAUACAACAGCUGCAAGGCUUUUUCGCUGCCCGCCCCAAAUUCCGAACAUCUACCAUGAUUAAGUAAAGGAGGCGUGGAUUGUGUUUUCUGUUACCUGCUUAAUAAUACCUGCAGCUACACGGAAAGAAUUUAAGAUGUCGUCGAAGUGCAGGGACGCAACUGAUGCCAGGGUCUAGUAAAAAAAAAGCGUAGCACGUCCCCGGUCACAAAUGUGGAGACUGCGCAGAGAGAAGUUUACCUGAGGAAGGUAAAAGCGAGAAGACACAUCACCUAUUUUGCUUUUUUUCUUCUUCUUCACAAAGUGUGGGACAAAACAAACAACUUAUUAGUUCAACUAAUUCCGCGCCCCAAUUUUUGGCUUUCGUUUUUAACGCCUCACUCGGCUCGGAUCAGUCUGCAGUCCACUUGAAAAGCUGUGUGGUUUACCGUGGAUUUUUAAAAUCAAUUUGAUUUCGCACUCGCAUGUUUUAAAGAACUUCAACAUCUGGUGGUUAAGGCGAAUUCCAAAUAUGAAGACACGCGGGACCAAAUUUGCUUCAUGAAGGGCUCGCCUUGAAGCUUCCAAGAACAUGCACAAGCCUUUUCGGCUGUGGAUUCCCAGCGUGUUUUUGUGCUUCAGCGUCAUCUACUUACGACUUGGGGCGCUUUCCUCAGUGGUGGCACUGGGGGCCAACAUCAUCUGCAACAAGAUCCCCGGCCUGGCCCCGCGUCAGCGAGCAAUCUGCCACAGCCGCCCGGACGCCAUCAUCGUCAUCGGCGAGGGCGCCCAGCUGGGCAUCAAUGAGUGCCAGUACCAGUUCCGCUACGGCCGCUGGAACUGCUCCGCCCUGGGCGAGAGGACCGUCUUCGGCCAGGAGCUGCGAGUAGGCAGCCGGGAGGCGGCGUUCACCUACGCCAUCACGGCUGCGGGCGUAGCCCACGCGGUCACAGCCUCCUGUAGCCAGGGCAACCUCAGCAACUGUGGGUGUGACCGCGAGAAGCAGGGCUUCUAUAACCAGGAGGAGGGCUGGAAGUGGGGAGGCUGCUCGGCGGACGUCAAGUAUGGCGUCGAGUUCUCCCGAAGGUUCGUAGACGCCCGCGAGAUCAAAAAAAGCGCAAGGCGGCUGAUGAACCUACAUAACAAUGAGGCAGGAAGAAAGGUGUUGGAGGAGAGGAUGAAGCUGGAGUGCAAGUGUCAUGGCGUCUCGGGGUCCUGCACCACCAAGACGUGCUGGACCACCCUGCCCAAGUUCCGGGAGAUCGGCUACAUCCUGAAGGAGAAGUACAACGAGGCGGUGCACGUGGAGGCGGUGCCGGCCAAUCGCCUGAGGCUGCCCACCUUCCUCAAGGUGAAGAAGGUGCAGAGCUACCGCAAGCCCGUGGACACCGACCUGGUCUACAUCGAGCGGUCGCCCAACUACUGCGAGGAGGACCGGUCCACGGGGAGCGUGGGGACGCAGGGGAGGCUGUGCAACCGGACCUCGCCCCACGCGGACGGCUGUGACCUCAUGUGCUGCGGGCGGGGCUACAACACGCACCAGUACACCCGGGUGUGGCAGUGCAACUGCAAGUUCCAGUGGUGCUGCUUCGUCAGGUGCAACACCUGCAGCGAGAGGACGGAGGUGUUCACCUGCAAGUGAGGCCCGAGAGUGGGACUGACAGACCAGCCAACAGACAGACAGAGGGACCCUGGAGAGAGCAGUGCGCACUGGGGAGGGGCGAAAAGAAGAAAGAAAAACAAAGACCUGAGAAUGAGAACGAAUGGAUUAAUGAAGAGAACAGUCACAGAAUGGAGAUCUUGAUGUCAGCUCUUGACAGACUAACAGAUGUUGGAGGUUGCAGUGCAUGCUGGGAGAAAAAAAGAGAAGAAUGGAAAAUGAUAUAUUUUGUAAAUGGUUCAAGAGAGUGGAUUUUAAAAAUGGGAAUAACGCUAUCGACUUGGACAGAUGUACGAAUGUUUGAGGGGCAGUGCAUGGUGGGAUACAUGGGAAAAACUGAGAAAAGAAUGGAGAAACGAAGAGGAAAUUUGGAAAUGGUUAAACAGCUUGGAAUUAAGACUAUCAACUCGUCUUGGCAUCUUUUGCACAUCAGAAUCUAUUUGCUUUAAAAUACAAAUAUAAAGAAAUAAAUUGGUAAAAAUGGCUAUAGAUAAUUAUCUAUUAAACUAUUAGAUCGCACAUCUUUUUCUGGAAAAAAAGAUGUGUUCUUAUGCACUGAUGAAUCCCAAACUGACUGGAAAUUGUGAUAUAAUAAGAAUUAAAUCUUGCCUCCAGGUGGGAACUGUGCAAUGCACUGUGGGAUUUGUAGUUCUCUAUUUUUAUGGAACACUUAAAAAAGGAAACAGAGGGACUUUGACUCCCAGGAUGUUGUGGAGCAAGACAAUGAAAGUAUUCAGCAGAAAGACUAAACGGGAGAAAAUUAUUCCUCAUUACACAGACUGGUCUUCGAAUGCAACUCUUGGGGGUUUUCUUGGGGGAAAUUGAAGUGUGUUCAAUUUCAAUGUUCAAAAUCUUGUUUUUUUGAACAUUAUCAAAAGGAACGGUACAUUAGUUUCUCACCUUUUGGGUACUUUUGAGAAUUGGAGUCUCUCCACAUUAAGUUCUCUAACUACCAACUGGAAAAACAUGGUGGAGUAUCUUUGUUGUCCAGUCACACUGGAACUGUCUGUUUGAACACUGAAAAUAAAUUAUUUAUGUUAUAGUAUCUUUAAAACAAAGCACUAACGGGUAGAAAUGUCUUAUUUUGUACUAAGUGUAAAAGAACAAAUGUGUAAACUCUUGACUGAAGGUGCAUAUAUUUUAGAAUAUCUCAAUCCUCCUCUUCCUCCUCAUCUUCCUCCUCCUCACAGUGGUUUCAUUGCUACUAGUAUGUUGAACUUUUAAAAAAAAAUUCCUGUUAUAGUUUACAUUUUACAAGCAGGUGAGCAUGUAUCCCCUAGCUCAUGUGUGGCCUAUAUAUAGAUUACAGUCACAUAAUCAAUAUGAAUUAUUUUGGUUUAUUUUGCAUUCACAGCCUGUGGUCAGUAGGUAGGACAAUGGAUUCUGGUUUCUUUUUUGCUACAUAUUUCUUCCUCCUCAGUCCAUUGAACGUGAAAUCAAUUACAAUGCUGGAUGUGUUGUCACGUUUUGGGCCGAAUGCUUUCUUUUUGUUUGUUUUUGCUGUGAUUCAGCUCAGAUGAAGAUGGAAACAUCAGUUUAUCGAGUUCUGAAAUUCACUGAGAGACUAUGAAUAUAGCAAGUUCUUAAUCUGAUCCUGAAACACAUUCAGUCAAAACUUGUAUUUCAGUUAUAAUUUGAAAAUAAAUGCACACAAUUUAAAAAUUUAUUUCACAAACGCAAAUUGCCAAGUUAAUGCUGGACUCAUUGCCGAACUCUCCACUGUGUUUCCUGGAAAAAGAAAAAAGAUUGAAUGCACUCGCAUUUCACUGUCAGUCAAAGUUAUUGACAAAUGUUGGUUGACUGCUGGCUGCAGCCUUUGGCCCAAAUUUCAAAACUAUUUUCAUGAUGGAAGAGUAACUUGGCCGUUGGGCCUCUGUGUUCAUUGAGUUUGAAACUAGAGAAGUGCUCUAUAAGCUGUGGAAAACAUGGAAAUGAUAUGUGUCUGAUAUGUGUCAGAUACCCACAACUUGUCCAUUUCCACUAGUGAUGGAAAUAUGACAUUCAACAUGGCUGCUGCUAGUAUUGGCCAAACGACACAAAAAAACUGAUGCAGCUUUUUGUACAAGAAACAUAGGCCUAUAUACUGCCUAAUUUCUAGCAAAGAGAUUAGAAGUACAUUCCAAUAUUGCCUGAAAUAUAACUUCACAGUUCCAAGGACUGCAAUACAAAAGAUUAAGUGAAAGAUUAAGAAAUAUAAACAAAACCUAUUAAAUCAAAUGUUUUUUUAAAUAAAUUUUAAUGUGUAAAUUAAAUAUAUAUAAUAUGUGUAUAAAGGCAUACCUUUUACAUACACUGCAUGUUACAAUGUUGGCACUUUAGAUUAUUUAUAUACAGAGAAAUAUAUUUCAAUCUUUUAAUUAAUAUUAGUACUGUCUUAUUUCAAAAUGUUUUCUCUUUAACUACACUCUUCUAAUUAAAACAAGUGUUUGGAUGUUGUUGUUGCUGUUUUACUGUAAAUGAAACCUAAUUCAGUCACGUAUUAAUGUGAAUUCAAAUGGAGCCAUGUUUAUCAGACAAAACACUUCUUCUGGCUGUUAUUUGUAUUUCAAAUGCCAGCAAUUGCUUUCUUUCUUUUGAAACUUGGUUGCACAUAUUAAAUAGUCUCCAUUUAGUUGAUGUACUAAGAAAAGUGGGAUUUGUAUUCAUGUUAUAUGGGUAGCAUCAGGUUGCAGGUUAAAUCAAUAACUUAUUAGGUGCUAGCUGUAUCAAAUUUUGAUUGUUGAGCAAGAUUGCUUAAGUUCAGGAAUAUUCAUUUACCCAAGAAGUUUACAGUUUAAUCAUAAUUCUACAUGUGCACCACGCUAACAGUUAGUUAAAUAUUUAUGUCAAUAAUGCAUCUCUGCUGUACAAUAUUUGCAUUUCAUAAUUUUAAUUUCUAUGGCAGUUCCAAAUGUACAAAAUUAGAAAUGUUUAUGCUUACCACAUUUACAUAAUAAUACACCAAUUUAUUUUAAAAAGCAGCCCUUUUAGAGUUUUUACAAGUUUUUUAAAUAAGAAACUCUUUACCUGCAGAUAAUGCUCUUUCUAAGUGCCGAAUUAUUGGUCCAUAGAAGACGUUGAAAAUCAGGAGUUAGCUGCUGUAGCUGUAUUUCCAAAUAGCUUUUAAAAGCAUAUAAGUUUGUUACUGUUCACAUGAUCUGCAUAUCUAAGACCUAGUGAAUUAAAAUACGAUAUGAUAUCUUCUUGCAAUAGUAUUCAAUCUGCCUGCAGAGUGGGAAUAACUUGGAAUAAAAAUGGAGAUUGAUGUUUCUUAUGUUUUUUCCCCCAAGGAGACAGCAGCCAUCUUGGGACAAAAAUUCUGUUCUCUAGCAUUUAAUGCAUUCAGAUCCUCCUGUUGUAAGCAACACAAUUAUUUGCUUUUGUUUAUGAUUUCAGCUCUCAUUUUAAAUCUCAACUGAAUAAAAUAGGCUUAAUAUCACAGUAUUUCUCUAUUUAUUUAUUAAUUUUUUUGGCUCAGUCUGUAUACCUAUUAGAGAAGUGUGAGGUCUGCAAGGCCUCAGGAUAAAGGGUUUUAGUUCUAUGUGGGGCAUUGUCAGGGAGCCCUUCAGUGUUUAAUUAUCAGUCCAAUAAAUGCACUGCCCACCUGCUGCCACCCGCCCUCUCGAAAAAAAGUCAACCCUGAAACCCACAGCCGAACUGCAUCAUGGGAACUACCCGCAGCAGAACUGCACCGUGAGAACUAUUCAUAGUUCAUCAUAAAUGAUGAAAACAAGUUAAUUGUUUUCCUGUCUGAAUCCUGACAGUGUUUUUUUCUCUUUCAUGAUAUGACAUUACAGCUAAAUUGGUUCAAUUGCAUUGAUCAAUCACACGCAUGGUCAAAUGAGUGAUGCCAAAUGCACAAAUGCUAAUUUGAAAUAUAUUCAGCAUUUGACCUGAAUCUGAAAAGUCGGUGAGCUGGUUCUGUAAAGCAGUGUUGCACAGCCCAUGGUUCAGGGGAACCAAGGAACCGAUCACCUCUCUGAUUUAUCUCAUUAUUCAACCAAUCAGUGCCUGAUUCUCCCUCUAAUUCAACCAAUCACUGUCAGGUUCACCCCCUAAUGCAAUGAAUCACUGUCUGUUUUACCCAGCUGAGAUGAUUCUCUGUCCUGAUAUGAAUGUUUUAGAUGUUUAAAGAGGGCUGCAAAAACUGCAAGACUGUAGGCAUCCAGGGUCGAGGAUAUAGCUCAUUUCUACCCUCCUUGGCUUGUGUUUUGUUUUCAAGUUUACUUGGGGUGUUUUCAUAAAAAUGACUACCCUGGUAAUUGGUUUGGUCAGUACUGUGGAGUUGCUGAGCACUGUAAAAUCUACUGGCACACAUUGUCUGUGAAUGGUUUUCCUAAAAUGUUGAUUUGUCAAUGUUGUUCAACAGAGCCAUUAAAAUAUCUGUUUGUCAUAGUUAAUCUAA